AUGGUUGAUCACGAAAACUAAGCAUUUUAAAUUUUGGUAAUUUGUUGGUGUAAAAAUAGAAAAAUAACUGUCAUACAGUUAUAAAGUCGUACAACUGUUCAUUCCAAAUCUAGCUGUGCAUAAAACUGUCUACUUGAGUUUCAUUGCAAUCUAACUGAGUUUCAAAGCAACUCUUGUCACUAAUAUACAAUAUUUGUAUGUGAAAUCGGUAUUUUUUACUAAGAAUCAUGUGGUAUAUGAUAUUGGUGUCGUGUGUCCAUUCAGGAGCUGUACGGCAUUCAAUCAUAGGCUAGGGAAAGCUAACUAUAGUUAACAACAUCGAGGAAGUAAGACCUCCUCUUUCAUAUACUAGGCUUCGUUUGACGUAACGAGGUUGAACGAACGAUAACGUAGUAUGUUUAUCAUGGAGGGGAGCGGACUCACGCAGCUUUUAACGACACUUGCAUUUCUAACUACUGCUACAGGAAUUACACUGACUGGGUCAUCAACGUCCGCCCUGGUGGGUCAGAGGGUCCAGUUUACCUGCACUGUAACAGGGUUAUCAAUAAGUCAACUCCUAUCCUUCCACAGAAAUAGUGGUAGCGUUUGUACAAUCGAGCUCAACUCAUGUCAACAGUUAAGAGCUACUUCAGGUUACAGCUGUUCUUGUGGACAGAAUGGAGUGUACCAUAUGGAUAUAACCAGUGUCAGUGCGGCAGAUGACGGGACAUGGGCAUGUUCACAAACCAGCAACAACGUCACACUGACUGUUUACUAUGGACCAUUCAACAAUGUGACUGUAGACAAGGCCUCACCAUUGGCAGUUACAGAGAAUCUGAAUGUGCCUCUGACUGCCAGAUGUUCCGCUGUCUGCAACCCUGACUGUAGCUACACCUGGAUGAAGGGAACACAGCAAGUGUCUGACAACAGAGAUCUCCCUAUAGGCAGCUUCAGAAGGGGUCAGGAGGGAGAGUACAUAUGUACAGCCAGGAACACAGCUACUGGAGCUACAGCUGAUAGUCAGACUUUGACAGUGAAUGUACAGUGGUACCCAUCACCACCUACACACAACUGUCCCUCCUGGAUAGUCCCAGGUCAGACAACCAGCUGUACAUGUCAGACAUCAGACAGAGGUAACCCUGCAGGGACAGUCCACUGGAUCAGUCCUGGAGGUCAGACGAUCUCCUCAUCCGGGUCCUCAUCUGUGCAGCUGAACUUGACCUCCAUCCCGAGAUCUGACAAUGGGCUGACCUACAUCUGUAGGGCAAACAACUCUCUCCCCAGCUCGAACAGUGAUGUAACUUACGUUGCCAGCAUUGCUUACCUGGAUAAGCCGAAUAUUAUACUUGACAAGAACGACGUCAAUGAAAAUGAUACAGUGAACAUUGUCUGUACCGUUGAGAGUAACCCUCCCGCAAAGAUAACAAUAGACGUCAACGGCAGACAAGAAACACAAACAGCUAGUAAUAACCUCAAGCGCUCAACAGUCAAGGUCUGGUGUAGUCACAACGGUACCGUCACAUGCAAAGCUGAGAACAAUCGGACUAAGAACGUAUCCAGUAGCACAGCACAACUGAAUGUAAAAUGUCCCCCACGUGAGGACUUGAGCAUGCCUCGAACCAGUGUGGUUCCCGGGAAACCAAUGACAUUUGUUUCACUGACAGCAUAUGUCAUAGCCAAUCCACUACCUCAGUUUACUUGGUAUAAACAUUCGACUGUACGAAUACUUGUGCCCAACGGAACCGAUAGUCUGAUCGUUUCUAGUGGCCUCAGUUCCACUUUGAGGGUUCACAUAAAAAGUGAAGAGGACUUUACAACCUACAGCGUCGUUGUUGAGAACAACAUUGGCAACACUGACGUUGUCUUCAGCUUGACAAAAGAUGUUGUUUCAGUGUCACCACUAGAGGCGCCAUGCAAUAUCGUCCCCGUAGCCGCCGGAAUGGGAGCUGUCAUUGUGGUGCUGAUUGUGGUUGUUGUCGUCAAUCUAUACAGACGAAGGCUCUGUCAAGGAACAGGUUUGCCUGAGAGGAAUAUUGAUGAUGGUGAUGGUAAAACAACAAUGGGCCUUCAACGCAGUGCAGUAAGAGAAGAGAUUAGUGAACAUAGACGAGCUGAGGAUGGCCCCUUGACCGCUGAGACAGACACGUAUUCCAAUGCUUAUUCUGGAGUUUAUGAAAUGGAGACUGACAAACAGACAUAUACAGAACUAAAGGAAUUGGAAACUACCAAUGGUUCAUCCACACAGGGAAAUGCUACCUAUGAAGGUCUCCAAGCGCGAGCACCACAAGUAUAUGAGGACAUGAGGAAAUAGAACAGAAACAAACUGAGCAUCUUUCCGGGGAAAGAAAUGACACAGCUAUGCAGACCGAAUAAUGAUUUCUUAAACAAGAAACAGACUGAAGAAAAUUGAGAAGAAAGAAACGGAAGCAAUAUAUUAUUUUAUAUCUGGUCAACAAACAAUUUUUAUACUCAGCUAUCACUUUUCGCCAAGCAGUACAGCUUCAAGGUGUUUGCCUACAUUUCACGUCUACAUGUCUAAUUUCACAAGAACGUUCACACACAAGUUAUUUGUAAACUAGUGUAGCUAAGUAAAAUAGCUACAGUACAAUGUAUAUGUUUCCAUGUGUAUUAUUAAUUGAUUGUUCGUUUGUUUUAUCAUGCUUUAUCGCUUUAUGAAUAAAUGAAUCUUCACACAAACCAUGAUCUACAUAGUGUUAUGCCCUGAGUACCAGCUAAGGAAAUGUGAACACGAAGCCUAUUGUGAAACUACAUCCACACAAAACUGAAAAUUCAACGCUAGUUAUCCGACACU